CGGUAAGAAGAUUUUGAUGUUUCCUUUCUGUUCACAUCUCUCUCCCAUACAUCAAACUCUUCCUGAUUGAUCCAUUGCCCAGCGAAAUAGCACUCCUAUCCUUUGCUGAAUCUCCUCCGAUACCUCCUCCCUGUCACAUACACCUUCUCUGUUGCACCUGCUUGGUCAUUGCUUAGAAGCAGGAGCAGGAGCUGCACAUCGACGUGGACCGCUACUGACGGAAGCUUGUCCAGCCAGCACCACAACCGCGUGAGCGACCAGAUCUACGCACUUCUUCGGCCCCUCUGCUCUCGUACACUAUCCGGGAGCUACUUCACGUCCGCCGUAUCUAUACACACCUACACACUGCCUUGGAGCACACCAUCACCCAUCGAUCGUUGAGAAAUCAGUCAAUAUGGUUGGCUUAGGUCCGAGACGGCAGCCCAGCCGUAGGGGCUCCAUGGCAGAUAUGCCCAAGGACAUGUUGGCCGAGAUCAAGCGUCUGGAGGAGAUCUUCACUGUCGACACCGCCAAGCUCAAGGCCAUCACCGACCACUUCGUCAGUGAGCUCGAGAAGGGUCUGUCAAAAGAGGGUGGCAGCAUUCCAAUGAACCCAACAUGGGUCAUGGGCUUCCCUACUGGCCACGAGACCGGCACUUUCCUUGCUCUCGACAUGGGAGGCACCAACCUGCGUGUUUGCGAGAUCAACCUGCCAGAAGAGAAGGGAGAGUUCGACAUCAUCCAGUCCAAGUACCGCAUGCCAGAAGAGCUCAAGACCGGCAACGCAGACGAGCUUUGGGGAUACAUUGCAGACUGUUUGCAGCAGUUCAUCGAAUACCACCACGAAGGUGAGAAGCUGGAUAAGAUUCCUCUUGGUUUCACCUUCUCCUACCCAGCGACGCAAGACUACAUCGAUCACGGUGUGCUGCAGCGAUGGACCAAGGGCUUUGACAUUGACGGUGUCGAGGGCAAGGAUGUUGUCCCACCCUUCGAGAAGGCCUUGGAAGAGCGUGGAGUGCCCAUCAAGCUCACUGCGCUCAUCAACGACACCACCGGUACUCUGAUUGCUAGUGCCUACACAGACACCGAGAUGAGAAUUGGCUGCAUUUUCGGAACUGGCUGCAAUGCUGCAUACAUGGAGCACGCCGGCGAGAUUCCUAAGCUCGAGCACAUGAAGCUGGAUCCAAAGCAAGAGAUUGCUAUCAACUGCGAAUGGGGUGCUUUCGACAACGAACACAAGAUUCUUCCCAGGACGCAAUACGACGUUAUUAUCGACAAAGACUCUCCACGUCCUGGUCAGCAGGCCUUUGAGAAGAUGAUCGCUGGUCUCUACCUCGGUGAGCUCUUCCGUCUUGUGCUGGUCGACCUUCACGAGCAGCCACACGUCCAGCUUUUCCAAGGCCAGGACAUCUCUUCUCUCAAGAAGCCUUACUCGCUUGACGCCUCCUUCCUGUCCGACAUUGAGAAUGAUCCAUACGAGAACUUGCAGGAGACAUAUGAUAUCUUCUACGACAAGAUGAAGAUCAACUGUCAAAAGCCAGAGCUGGAAUUGAUAAGACGACUUGCUGAGCUGAUUGGUACGAGAUCUGCCAGACUUAGUGCGUGCGGUGUUGCAGCCAUCAGCAAGAAGAAGGGCUACAAGGAAUGCCACGUUGGAGCAGAUGGUUCAGUGUUUAACAAGUACCCACACUUCAAGGCAAGAGGCGCACAAGCUCUCAAGGAGAUCCUCGACUGGGACAAGGGCCGCAAUGGCAAGUCUCUUGGAAAGGGCCAUGACCCCAUUGAGAUCCUCCCAGCCGAAGAUGGAUCUGGUGUCGGCGCAGCAUUGAUCGCCGCUUUGACCUUGAAGCGUGUACAAGAAGGCAACCACGCCGGUAUCCGCGAUCCAAAGAGCAUGUUGGCCGGCACUGCCGCUUCAAGCUCCAAGACGAACCAGGUAUAGAAUGCCGCGAAGCGUACAGAGCGAGAACGGAAGGCCGUCGAGGAUCCGUUGCACAAGUUCCGGCAGGUCGAUCACACUAAUACCUGGAUCAGAACCUGAAAGGGAAGAACUCCCAGGGUCCGAGACGAUGUUCGCGCUAUGACUUGUAUAUGCUGUGCAGGAGAAACCUAGGAUGCAGUCAUUGGGUCAUCUGCCCUAUGUUGAUAGAUAUCAUGAACAAUUGCCACGCAGGCACAAACCUGA